CAAAAAUCAGAAUGGAAACUCCAAUGUUGGUGCAAGUCAGCAAGCUCUAUACCCCUGUUAUAUUUGAGUUUUUUCAGAAGGAAUACAAAAGAUCUUUGGCAGCAUGCGCUGAAGCACUAGAUGAACCAACUAAAUACAUGGUGAAAAUUGGUUAUCCUUUUGAGCAACCAAGAUUUCAAGAAGAAUGGAAAGUUAAAGGAAACCGUUUGGAACAAAUAGCAUCAUGUGAUUGUGGUCAGUUUGAGAGACUAGGAGUAUUGUGUGCACAUGCUUUGAAAGUCCUUGAUUUGAUGAAUGUUAAGUUACUUCCGGAACACUAUAUUUUGAAGCGGUGGACUAGAGAAGCACGAGCAGGGGUAGUUCAAGAUAGUCAUGGAAGGAUUGUAGUUGCUGAUCCAAAGUUAGAUGCUGUUCACCGCACAAAUUUCCUAUCUCACAAAUUUUAUGACUUGGUGACCGAAGCAUCCAAUUCUGAAGAAUGUUGUACUUUGAUUGAAAAUACACUUGAUAGCCUUAGAAAGAAAGUGAAAGGGUUAUUGUUGAAUGCUCAAGUGACUACUACAGCAUCAAACAAUCUAUUGAAUUCUCAAGUGACUACACCAGAAGCACAAAAUGAUUCGUUGGCUGAUGCACGUCUAAAGAAAAAAGAGGUCAAUAAGCAAGACAAAGGUUCUAAAAGAAGGGUAAGUUGGACUGAAAGGCGGCGCAAAGGAAAAAAGAUAGGACCAACUACAAGUACUGCACCAUUAUCUAAGCAGGGGAAAAAGCGUGGCAAAAAGGAGCCUAAGACAAAAGGAAAUGAACCAGCGGAGCGAACUUUACAAGAAGACUCGCAUGGAUAUGAAAGCAUUACAAAUUUUACUCAAUUACUCAACAUGCCUAGCUUUGGACCUUCAAUUGGAGAUGACAUAUUUUGAUAGUGUCGAGUGGCAGAGUUACUCUGAAUCUAUUUUGGGCCAGCUAUUUUGUUGAACCAAUAUGCAUUGUAUGAAUC